AUGGCUGUUCCUCGUAUUCGCGUUAAGAAAGUCCGAAUGGUAGCCGUUUGGUCCCUUGACAUGAUUGUUGAUAAGUGUGCUAUUUGCCGAAACCAUACAAUGGACAUCUGCAUUGAGUGUCAAACUGAAGAAAAAGUCAUGGAAUGCAAAGUUGCUUGGGGGGCCUGUAAUCACGCUUUUCAUGCCCACUGCAUCUCACAAUGGCUUAAGUCCAAGAACGUCUGUCCUCUCGAUGCUAAACCCUGGAUAUUCCAAUCUGCCCCUGACAAAUAA